AUGGUAGGCAAGGCUAGAUCUUCCAAUUUCACCUUGUCUGAAAAGCUUGAUCUGCUAAAGCUGGUGAAGCCCUAUGUUAAGAUCCUGGAAGAACACACUAACAAGCACUCAGUCAUAGUGGAAAAGAACAGGUGCUGGGAUAUCAUAGCCGUGAACUACAAUGCAGUCGGAGUAGAUCGCCCUCCUCGCACAGCCCAGGGCCUACGCACCCUUUACAAAAGGCUCAAAGAAUAUGCUAAACAAGAGCUGUUGCAGCAAAAAGAGACCCAAUCAGAUUUUAAAAGCAAAAUUUCUGAGCCAACCAGGAAAGUUAUGGAGAUGAUCCCCCAGAUUUCCAGUUUAUGCCUGGUAAGAGACAGGAACCACAUACCAAGUGCAAACUUGGAUGAGGAAGCACAGGCGGGUUCCAGUUCCCUACAGGUAAUGUUGGACCACCAUCCAGUUGCUUUCACUGUGGAAGUGAAGCAAGAAGAAGACACUCAGCCCCCUCUUCCACUGGUUGCAAAUUCUCAAGAAAGAGACGUUUUAGAGCAAAGAGAACAUGACUUGGUCCAUGUCAUGGAAAGAUCGCUGUCACCGUCGCUGUCCUCUGAAGACAUGAGAAUGACCUUGUCCCCGUCAUCCCUCCCGAGGAGAGAGGAUUUAUUCCGACCUGAGAACGGCAGCCACUUUAGGGCACAGCUAGGGUACGAUCCUCAGGUGCUACAAAUGUUGAAGCAGGAGCAUCAGAUAAUUCUAGAAAAUCAAAAAAAUUUCGGAUUGUAUGUUCAGGAGAAGAGAGAUGGACUGAAAAGAAGGCAAGAACUUGAGGAAGAGCUGCUGAGAGCAAAAAUCGAAGUGGAAAAGCUGAAGGCAAUUCGCUUACGGCAUGAUCUGCCCGAGUAUAACAUUCUCUAAAAUUUUUGUUUUUUUAAAUCUUGCAGUAGAUGGUUUUAAUUUUGACAAGAUUAUUUUUAGAAACUUUGACAUGCUUUCUAAUUGUUUUAAUUUCUUUUUUUUAAAUUAAAACAUUGGUUGGUAUGAUUAUAUAUUUAUAUGUUCUCAAU